AUGGCCAAACCAUCCACCUCUGUCCAGGCUCGCCUCACCCAUCUUCUUAAACACUGGCCCCGGGAUACUGUUCGUCCGGAAGCAGUUUCAGUCCAGACGUACCUGCAACAACGCCUCGCGCAGAUUCCGCAAGACCCGUCGACGUCUAGCACAAAGAAAGCCAUCUCGCCUGCCUCGUUGAAUGCGCUCUCCUCGUUACUCGAAGACCGCUACACGCGACGGUACCCAUUGCCGCAGAAGCUGCGAUACCCGGCGAGCAACCCGAGCCAUUACGACGACCUCGUUCGCGAGUUCGAGGAGGCUCCGAAUCGUGACUUCUGGAAGCGAUUAGGCAAGGCCGUCUCAGGUCUGAUUCGUCUUCGAUAA